CUGUUUGGAGGGACGCACAACGGAAAGUCCGUUCGCUCCGUCACUGACAGCAUUUUCACCUUGUUCUCUCAGAACGAAACAUACUGACUUUCAUGGAACGGGUAUUUACAGCUUUGCGCAGCAAUAAUCUGACUAAGGUGGCUUGAUGAAUUCAUACAAUAAAAGAGAAUGUUUUUUUUGUGGUUUUAAAGCUUCUGACAAGAAAGUUCGCGCGGUCCUGAACAGCUCAACUGAAAGAUGCGCGCGGACUCAUACUACUAUGAGGUGCGGUGUACAGUACGACUCUUUUAAGCUUUACCGUGUUACUGUCAGUAAUUUUACUUGCUUUUCAGGUAUUGCCUAUGUUUAGUAAAGGCGGAUAUCUGUUGCUCGAGAACUGCUUCAACCAUAAACGUUUAGCCGGUUGCUGAUUGUUUCGGCGCUCGUGUUCAUCUUUAGAAAUCACAGGUAUUGUUGUUUACCGAGUUUAUCGGCGCCUCACGGGCUUCUGCAAUGCGAGACUCGGAUUCAAACCGUUUGACAUUUCUUUGGAAAGCCAGUCGACUGUCAAAUUGUCACUGAAUCAAAUCGAAUGAGCCGGACACCUGGAUUGCUGAGUCGCAAGCUCACGGCCUAUUGAACACAUUAGCACCUGUCACAUCAGUCCAGCCAAGGUCAUCGCUCCUUCCCUUCAUUCUCCAUCCGACUGUUAAACACCAAGUCCCGGCGCUCUGCUCUUCUACAAUGGAGAGCCUAAGUGAGCUUCAGAACCCUCUUCUGGAUAAGAACAGCAAACACAUGGUGAUGGCCGACUACGGCUAUGGAGGCGACUUCCACAGCAACCAGUAUCAGGAGAACAUUAUAAACUACUUUGUGACUGGUGGAGGAGGUGGCGGUGAAGGUGGGGUUGCGGUCACGGGAGGAAAUGGCAAGGCUAAAGCCCAGCUACUGGACGCCACCUCGCUUCAUUUGGCAGUGGAGGCCUUUUACAAGCCUAACUUCAUCCUUUACAAGGACGAUGUGAGCGGCAAGGGCAAGGAUUACAAAAAUGAGUGCUGCGAGACCACCUUCAUGGAGAAGAAAGACAAGGAUGUAGCGGUGGAGACCCCCAGUACGGAGGACCCGCAGGCGAAACUGCUGGACGAAAACGAGGUGAAAAUCCAGACGGUGUCUUACGAGGUGGAGGAAGAGGAAUAUGUGGAUUACGAGACAGAUUGCUCCAGCGACAGUGAGAGCGAGGACAACUUCAUCGUCAUCCCUCCUCGUGAUCACCUGGGCCUCGCUAUCUUCUCCAUGCUCUGUUGCUUUUGGCCUCUGGGCAUUGCUGCUUUCUACUUUUCUCAGGGGACCAGCAAAGCCGUAACCAAGGGAGACUUCCCAUUGGCUAGCAUCGCAUCUAGACGAGCCUUGUUCCUAGCCGCUCUCUCCAUCACCAUUGGGACGGGGGUCUACGUGGGCGUAGUGGUUGCCCUCAUUGCGUAUCUGUCCAAACCAGGCCACAUUUAGCACAGCCAGAGGAGGACUACAGAACUCCACGAUACUACACAACCACCUCUGAACGUCUUUUUCUAAAUGUCUCAUUCUCAUCCCACCCCGUGGACUGCCUGUCCGCCCAAAUGAGAGAAAGGGUGGAACCAGAAGAGGAUGAACCAGAAGAACUGGGGACUUUAUCACCUCAGUCAUAAUAUAUAAUGUAAGCUUCACCUUGUGUCACACCACACUGGAUAAAACUUAACUAAGUCUGAGAGCAGUUCAGGUGAAGAAUAUAAACUACCGACAAAUAAGCAAUCCAAUUAACCAAACCCAAAGGGACGCUAUUCCAAAGGACACAUGUAAGGAUCAAAUGGGUCUAAGUGCCCUUGGAUUUGUUUUUCCCUUUCCAACUGUGCUUCGUUCCGAACCUUAAAGAGAAGUCAAACCGUUCUCCGUUUCUCUCUCUCAUUACUUACUUACUCCGUUAAACCCUGUAUAUGCGUGUGGCCCAAUUAAACCAGCACUGCUGAAUAUACCAACUGCAGUCUGUGAGCGCCAUUAAAAAGGACAGAAUGUUGUCCAAAAUAACAGCUUUGUAUGUUAUAAUAAGCGAAUGUGGAGUUCAUACACAAACUUAAAUGCUUAUCAUCACAAUCAAGAAAUAACUAUCAAAGACAAUGCAGUCCACAUCUAUGAAUUGAAAUUCAUCUGUGAAAUUCAGCACCACUUAUACACAACAUGUAUGUCGUCCCCACUUGUUUAUGGCUCUAUGCUUUGUGUUAUAAAUUCUUUGUAUUUUGUUUUGUCUGAAGUCCAAAUCUUCGUUUUGACCCAACAUAGGCUGCAAGAGUAAUGUGAUGUAGAAGAAAAAGAUAACAAGGAAAACAAUUGUUUAUUUUAUAUCUGUAAGGAUUUGCUUGGCUUUCUUUUACUCCCAGAUGUCUGAACUGAAUUUAAAUGAAAUAACUGUACAUGUGGAUGGUAUGGCGAUGUGUCCUUUCACUCCCCAAAUGCAUCACUUAAUGUCUCUUAUGAUUUAAAAAAAAUCUUGAGAGUUGGCAAAACUCAAGACAGAUGGUUAAAAAAUGUACUAUAUACUUUCCUCAAAUCCUAAGAUGGAUGUUUGAACAAAAAGGCAGGUUUUGUUUUCAGGUGAAAGGGACUCAGAUUGAAUCGAUUAAUAAUGUAUUGGAUGUCUCAAAGCUCGCAGGCAUGAGAACGAACUCACGGGGGAUGUUGAGUUAAAGGUCGACUAGUCUAUUUCAACAACAAUGGAGACUGAAUCUGGUGUAGUCAUCCGCAUAAGAACUUCAAA